AUGGAGAAGGCCGAGUUGGACAACAUUGAGGUUACGGAGACUCCAAGUUCAUCGCCUACAUCCGCAGCCGAGAAGAAUAUUGCACCUGACGACGACUACAUUCCUAACGCAGCUCAGGAUGAAGACGUGGUUACACUGAAAACAUGGAUGGUGAUUGUUGUCCUCUCUUGUUCUUACGGCCUAAGCUUCUGGGUUGUCACAACCAUCAGUGCCAUCCAAACGCAAGUCGCGACCGAGCUAGGCAAUCCGUCCAAUGCCUCCUGGUGGACUACCAUCUACACCAUGUGCACGGCCAUCUCCUUCAUGAUAUUUGGUGGCAAUUCAGACCUCUUCGGGCGUCGCUGGUUCGUCAUCAGUGGUAACAUCUUGGUCGGUGCAGGCUAUGUCGCUAUCGGCGCUGCAAAGAAUACGGAGACCAUUAUUGGAGGGUGCACAUCCAUUGGCAGCCAUUCGAUGACACUAACGUCGCCGAUAGAUGCCAGUACUUGGGUUGCAGUUCUUUUUGGACCAAUCGUGGCUCGGUAUGCCAUUCGACAUGGUGAUGCAUGGAGAUGGCUUUUCUACGCCGCUGCUAUCGGUUGCGCUAUCGUCUUCAGUCUCCUAGUCUGGCUCUACCACCCACCGAAGCACCCAAGGGGCAUUGCCUGGGCGCAAGCUCUGCGCGAACUCGACUAUGUUGGAGGACUUUUGUUCAUAAUUGGUGCUGCAUGUGUGUUCACCGGUGUCACCUACACAAAUAUUGUGCCGUCCUCCGAUCCGAAGGUUGUUGCUCUCCUUGUGGUAGGAUUCAUGGUCAUCGGAGUCUUCGCGUGCUGGGAAAGAUGGGGGAAGUUGAAGCAACCUCUAUGUCCGCCUGGCAUCUUUGCAAAGGAUAAGGGUCAAGAGUUCACGUACCCGUUCAUCGCCGGUUGCAUCGUCAACAUGUUCUUCUACUCCGUCAACAUCGUAUAUCCAACCAUGAUUAACGUCCUCUGGACCGACUCGACCACCCCUCUGUCUACAUCGCUGAAAUAUACCCUCCCACAGAAUUUAGGCCUGAUAUUUGGCUCAAUGCUUCUAUGGUUCUUCGGCAUAAAGAUCGGACAUUGGAAGUGGCAGUUCAUUGGCUCGUUCGCCGUCAUGACACUCUUUGGCUCAUUGUUGGCUCUCGGAAAUACUGGAAAUAUGGCCAUGAUCAUGGUAUUCUGCUUCAUCGUGCAGGGUGCUUACGGCUGGGCGCAAACGUUGAGCAUCACAUGGAUUCAGAUGGGCGCCCCGCAGACCCAGCUCGGUAUUUCGGGCGCACUUGCAGGUGUGGCGCGUUGGACAGGAGGGGCCAUGUCCUCUUCCAUCUAUCUCGCCAUCCUAUCCAACGUCCAAUCUGAGCAGUUCUCCCGCCUUGGGACCAACGCCAUCGCUGCUGCAGGCGGCUCCAAGGCCACCGCCGCACAACUGCUCGCCGCUCUGCCGCUCGGGGCCGACGCGAUUUCCCAGGUGUCUGGUACAACCGAGGCUAUGAUUGCAGCUGCUGGUGCGGCGUUUACGCAGAGUUACGUAGUAGCAUUGAGAACAGUGUGCUUAACGAGCAUUGCGUUUGGUGUAGUCGGCACCAUCUGCUGCUGUUUUUCGAACGACAUCGGGCCAAAGAUGAACGACAAGAUCGAAGUAUUCCUAGAGAACGACGUGCAAGCGGACAAGAACAGGUUCCACUAG